AUGGCAAAUAGGUAUUGCUUUAAAGCUUUUGAUAGAACUUUAAAAGAUAUUUUGUCUAAAAAAGAUCAAUCAAAUGUAGAUAGAAUAUUUGGAGGCCUCGCUGUUGCCUUGGGCGUGUUGAGACUUAUAGAGAACAUAAGGUUGAAGACAAACUUGGUAAACCCAACAGAAUUGGAUAACUUAAAGGCUUUUGACAAAUGGUUGCCUGAUAUUAGAGAAGGAAAGGACAUUGCAGAAGAUAAGAGUUACAUCCAAAUACCUGAAGACUUGAAAAUCGAUCAACAUACCAGUCACGAAGAAACAAUUAUGAAUGCUGUUUUUCUAGAUUUAUUUACUCAGAUAAAUAAGAUUGACUAUAUCAAAGAGAGAGCAAUAUUGACACCCAAAAAUGAGACUAUACAUAGAUUGAACGGCUAUAUCACCCAGAGUUUGCCAACAAAUGAAAAGACAAAUUUCAGCUUUGACAAUACUUGGAAGGCAGCAGGUAUCUCAAACGAUGAUGACAUUCUCUAUCCGAACGAAUUUCUUAAUUCUCUAAUGUGCUUCGGCAUGCUAGAACAUGAAUUACAUUUAAAAAUUGGCAUUCCAAUUAUGUUGUUGCGUAACUUGAAUCAAUAUGAUGGUCUUUGCAAUGGAACCAGAUUGAUUAUAACCUAUUUAAGAAAGUGGUCCAUACAAGCAGUGAUUAUUACAGGGUCAAAUAUUGGUGAUAUUGUUACAAUUCCUAGAAUAAUAAUGUCGGAUGCAGAUAUGAAGUGGCCUUUCAAGUUGAAGAGAAGACAGUUACCUGUGACAGUUAGCUUUUGUAUGACAAUAAACAAAAGUCAAGGUCAAUCACUCAAAACGGUAGGAUUGUAUAUGUAA